AUGUGUGCGGUGCAUUGGACGGAAAGCACGUUUGCGUGCAAGUGCCCACCAAAUACCGGAUCUACCUACCAUAACUGCAAGGGCUUCUUCUCCAUAGUCCUGAUGGCCGUCGUAUAUGCGGACUAUAAAUUUAUUUGGCUUUAUGUUGGGCCAGAUGGAGCAGCUUCAGACGCACAAAUAUACAACGAGUGUGAGCUGAAAGAAGUCCUGCAGAACAAGACCAUUGGCUUUCCUGAUCCUGAGCCACUUCCUAGAGAUGACAGAAAUAUGCCAUACUUCUUUGUUGCUGACAAUGCCUUUCAACUGAGAACUGACAUGAUGAAGCCUUUCCCUUUCCGUAACAUGACAGUAGAAGAAAGGAUCUUUAACUACAGGCUGUCAAGAGCACGCAGAGUUGUGGAAAAUGCGUUUGGCAUCUUGGCUCAGAGAUUUCAAAUACUGUUGUCAACCAUGCAACACACUCCUGACAAUGUGAGAAUCAUCGUACAGGCUUGUGUCUGUCUCCACAACUUAAUGAGAAUACGCUACCCAAACAUGAACAUCAACCAGGUUGAUCGUGAAGAUGUCGAGGACGCAAGGAUCGUACCCGGAGAAUGGAGAUUGGGCCGAAACAUGCUUGACGUUGUCAAUGUUCAGGGUGCUAACCGUGCAACAAUACAGGGCAAGAAGCAGAGACAAUAUCUCAAACAUUAUCUUAACUCUGCCUCUGGUUCUGUACCUUGGCAGAUGAGGAUGGUCAACCCUCGCCGUGAAUGA